AAGACCGUCUUUUCUAAAAGUUUGUAAAAAAAAUCGAUGGAGAGACGGAACGACAUAACAGCAGCAAACUAGCAAAGUAGAAGUUGGCAAGGCAAAAAUGUCUUGUAUCCUGCAUUUUUCAAUCUCAAACUUGGGUUCUACCAUAUCUGCUCAUCCCUAUCCUUUGAAGAAAUCAACUAACUUACAUCCUUGCUGCCUAUCUUCUACCCCCAAUUCUCAAAACUCAGACGAUGACCAAUCUUUUACUGAUGGGGACCCUUUGAUUUUAGUGGAGAGAUACAGCAAUGGUGCUGCCAAAAGGUAUGUUUUGGAUGGAGAAUCAAGUAAGCAAACACUACUUGAGCAGCGUAAUAUUGUAAAAGAUAAGUUGCACAACCCAGAUUCUGCUGCUGACUUAAACUGGCUUCCUGGUAGCAUUAAAGAUUUCAUUUUGCCUGCAGGUUUCCCAGACUCAGUAUCAGAUGAUUACUUGGAGUAUUUGUUGUGGCAGUUCCCUACCAAUGUCACUGGAUGGAUCUGUUAUGCUUUGGUUACUUCAAGCUUACUUAAGGCAUUUGGUGUAGGUUCUUUCUCGGGAACCACAGCUGCAGCAACAGCAGCUGCGAUAAGAUGGGUGUCAAAGGAUGGCAUUGGAGCUGUUGGCCGACUAAUAAUUGGUGGACGGUUUGGAAAUCUGUUUGAUGAUGAUCCGAAACAGUGGCGAAUGUAUGCUGACGUCAUUGGCAGUGCUGGAAGCAUUUUCGAUCUAACCACUCAGCUGUAUCCGGCAUAUUUCCUGCCACUUGCGUCUCUAGGAAAUCUUGCAAAGGCUAUCGCCAGAGGACUGAAAGAUCCUUCGUUCCAGGUGAUUCAGAACCAUUUUGCAAUUUCAGGAAACCUUGGAGAUAUAUCGGCUAAGGAGGAAGUAUGGGAAGUAACUGCUCAGCUUCUUGGACUUGCUAUAGGUAUACUCGUCCUUGAUACACCUGGUUUGGUGUCAUCAUAUGGCGCUUUGUUAUCAACAUGGUCAAGCAUGCGCCUUUUCCACCUAUGGUUACGUUUCCAAUCUCUGUCAGUCUUGCAAUUCAAAACUAUAAAUCUCAAACGUGCUCGUAUUUUGGCAAAGGCACAUGUCAUACAUUCCAAAGCUCUUGGAUGCAUUGAGUGCAACAGGGAAGAAAACAUUUUAAAAUGGGAGAGGUUCCUGAGUCCUCGAAUCAUCUUUGGUGUUCCUUUUAGUGAGGUGAUUGCUGCUGAGAAGUCAUCUACCAUGGUGAAGAAGAUCUUCAAACUUUACACUAAUGAAAAAUAUGUCCUUACAGUAGAUCAAUGGCAGAAGAGAGAUUUCGAGAUUUUAGUCUCUUUCAAGGUAGGUGCGACAAGUUUGUCAGUUUUGCAAAGUGUAUGGCAGGCUUACUGGCUGUAUGAACAUUGGGAUGAUUCAAUUGAAGUUUGUGAAGCAUUAGAGGAAAGCUUGAUGAAUAUGGAACGCAGAUUUGACAAUUUUAUGGAGUUGCUUGAGGAGGAAGGAUGGGACACACAGAAACUUAAACUAAAAGUACCCAAGGAACCAUUCAUUGAGUUUGAUGACUGACUUGAAUUGUUGAUUCUAGUGAAAGUUGAACCAAAGUGCGCAGAUUUCAUUUCUCCAUUAGAGAGUGGGUAAUUGACUAAAUCAUUGAGAUUUCAUUUCAUUUCAUUUCUUCA